CAAAAUGAGUAAGAUACUACCUCAAUUCUCAAUCAUCUCAUUUUCUUAGUCACAGAAUCACUCAGUCCCAGCAUCCAUGACUUGCAACAAGCGAGACAAGCAUUCUGCAAUUCGUUUCUUUAAGAUUAUCACAACAAGAAGUCUUGAAGCUGGAAAACUUAUGCUUCCAAAUGGUUUCACUAGGGAACAUGGUGGUGAUGUGUCAAACCCAGUGUUUCUCAAGCCUCCAGAUGACAAAGACUGGAAGAUACAUUGGACUAAACAUGAAGAUGGCUAUAUUUGGUUUGAAAAGGGUUGGAAAGAAUUUGCUUCAUACUACUCCCUUGAUCAUGGGUACUUGCUGUUGUUUGAAUACAACAAACAUUCUGAUUUUGGGGUACACAUAUUUGACAAGAGUACCCUUGAAAUAGAAUACCCUUUCCAAGGCUAUAAGGAUGAACCCGACAAUCUUGGUCAAAUUAAUGCUGAUUUAGUUCAGAGUUUGGAUGAGAGAACUUCAUGCAAGAAGAGAAAACUGAAAUCUCCAAUGUCAAGUUCUCAACCAAGUAAGAAAUUGAGACCUAGCACAAGUGGAGAUGUUGGAAGAAGAUCCAAAUCGCCAAAGUUGCCUCAGCAUGUUAAAGGUCAUCAUCAGUCUCAAGGGACCGAAUUUGAGGAAUUGGAUGAGAAUGUGAGUGGUGACUCCCUUGAAUGCCUAAAAUGGAAGGAGUUAACUUCUAAAAUUACUAAGGCUUCAAACAGAGCCAGAACCAUCACAUCUAAAAACCCCUCUUUCAAAGUUGUCAUCAAACCUGCCUAUGCCAAUAAAUACAUACGAGUUACAUCAGAAUUUGCAGAAAAGCAUUUGAAGAACAAGCGAGGUGAGAUCAUCCUUCAUGUCAAGGAUGGGAGAACAUGGCCUGUUAAAUAUGUUCUUGAAAAAGGGACAAUCAGUGCUGGAUGGAAGAAAUUUGUAUCAGACAAUAACUUGAAAGUUGGGGAUGUUUGUGUUUUUGAAUUGACCAAGAGUCAACCUCUUUCUUUGAAGGUAUCAAUCUUUCCACCUGGGGGAGAAUCAGAUCAACCUCAUUCCCCUCCAUCACUAGGUAGGAAGGCAACUCAGAAAAGAGCUGAUGCAUUCACCCCAAAAAACCCCUAUUUCACAGCCAAUAUAAAGCCAAACAAGUGGGGGGAUUACAGACAGGAUGUACCAAAGGCCUUUGUCAGGAAGCACUUAAAAAACAAGAAGCACUUGCGGUUGCGAUUUGAAAAUAAAUUCUGGCCUGUAGGGUUGUACCAUCUUCCAAAACGAGGUGUGGGCAAGUUGUCAAAAGGUUGGGCCCGAUUUGCAAGAGAAAGUAAAUUGCUGGUUGGAGAUGUUUGUGUCUUUGAACUCAUCAACAAGGAAGAAGAUGCUCCUGUGUUUCAUGUUCAUAUUUUCAAAGCCUAAUGUCAAGGCCAUAAUAUAUUAUUUGGAGAUGUUUUGGUGAGGUAUAUCUAUAUUAUAUAUGACUACUAGGCAAUGAAAUUGGUUAUGUAAUGCUUAAUUAAUCCUUUAAAAUAUGUAUGUCCUAAACUUAGUUUAUCAGGUUUGUACAUAAGUUGGUUAAAUAUUUGGUAUU